AUUCACUUUCUUCUGAUUGCAGGUAUGCUUAUGGACCUCAUUUCACCAUUGUUUCCAUCAGCUUUUGUAUUUAUCGUUUGCUUAGGGAGCAUAUCAAGAUCUUUCACCGGGGUUGCGAGUGGAGCUACUAGAGCAGCUUUGACUCAACAUUUUGCUCUUCAGGAUAAUGCUGCAGAUAUAUCUGCUAAGGAAGGAAGUCAAGAAAUUGUGGCUACAAUGAUUGGUAUGGCAUUGGGAAUGCUUGUUGAUCGCAUUACUAUUGGACACCCACUAGCAAUUUGGUUUUCUUUUUUGUCUCUGACCCUGUUUCAUAUGUAUGCAAACUACCGAGCUAUUCGAUGCUUGGCACUGAACUCACUAAAUCUUGAAAGAAGCUCUAUUCUUGUGCAGCAUUUCACGAAGACUAGCCAAUGUCUCUUCACUGGAGCAUGUUUUACCGAUACAACUAACUUCAUGGCCUUCAAAGAAGCUUACUUAGAAAAUUCUCUUUUGUGUGAUACCAACAGUAAGGAACAUUUGCUUUCAGUAGCAUCUUACUACACAAAAGCCAGGUAUUUACUAGUGGAAAAGAAAGGAAUCGUUACCGUUAUUGUUCAUAAAGAAUCAAGUGGCGCUGAUCUCCUCAAUGGUAAGUGUCCCUCUUUGUUAUCAUUUUGGGUUGUGACUAUAGGAACAUGUUUCUUACUUGAAGUCGUAAAACCUUAUUUCGUUUUCUUGUUGCUGUAUUUAGCCAAGUAUUUACUAGUGGAAAGAAAGGAAUCGUUAGCGUUAUUGUUCAUAAAGAUUCAAGUGGCGCUGAUCUCCUCAAUGGUAAGUGUCUCUCUUUGUUAUCAUUUUGGGUUGUGACUGUUGGAACGCAAACUUAAAUGUUGUUACAUAUUGUUCGACUUCAAUGCAUUCA